UUUCUUGGGAAAAUGUUCCUCUCCCUCCCAACUCGAUUGUUUGGCGCACGAGAAAAUCCAAAGAGAGGAAGGAAACGGAAGAGAGGAAGUGAGAAAAUGGCAGGAUCAGAAGCUGGAGCAGACAAUACAGAUGCCAUAAUAACUAGAAUCGAGCAUAAAUCCAGAAAGAUCGAAAGCCUACUGAAACAGUCUAAGCCAGUCGAAGCUCUGAAAACUGCACUUGAAGGAUCACCUCCCAAGACUCCAGAUGAGCGCUGCAAGUCUGCGAACUGGAUUGUGGUUCAUAGAGCUCUUAUGGCGAUUAAAGAUGUGGAUGCUAUGUUCUCUUCUCUGGAUCCCGAAUACUACGAUAUUCUAAUGAAGUACCUGUAUAGAGGCUUGUCAACCGGAGAUCGCCCAACAUGUGAUCAGUGCCUUAGGAUUCAUGAAAAGUUGACAGAGAGAGCUGGUUUGGGAUGCAUACUCCGUUCUCUUUCAGACACUGUAAAUACAGUUUAAUUCCCAUCACUUCACUAUGGUAAUGAUAGUAAUUUAUUAAAGAAGCCUUCUUUUUUGAGGUAUCCUCUUAAGACAUUAUGCAAGUUACAAAUCAUAAUCACAAAGGUGUUUCCAGAUCUUUGUAUCUUUUUAUAGACUCUGAUUCAUUGAGCUGUUUUUCUUCCAGUGAUUAUGUUGAGCAUUGCGGUAACAAAAUUUUCUUAAAUCAUUUGGGAAAUGAGUUUCUUAAAGAUAGUAGUGUAUCUAUGGCAUCUAAAACAAGUUUGCCUAAGUCAUCCCGAAAGUAAUUUCGUUGGAAGAAGAGGUCAAUGCAUGUUCCUAACUUGCGACAUGAUUACAAGGAUAAUGAUUGUACCCUUGUACUUUGUACUCUUAAGACAUUAUGCAAGUUACAAAUCAUAAUCACAAAGGUGUUUCCAGAUCUUUGUAUCUUUUUAUAGACUCUGAUUCAUUGA